AUGAACUGCCCAACUCGUGAUCCCGACCCUAAGGGCGUGCCUGGCUUCAACCAGCAGCCGCCACAGUUCGACAACGAGCUCAACAACAACAAAUCGUUCAACAAGAACAACUCCGGAGCCGAGUCCGGCAAGAAGCUGAGCGCCAAGGGCCUCGCAAACGCCAUGGGAGACUCCGACCUAGCCGGAGGCCAAAAUACGCGCUCGGCUUCACGCCCCUCCAGGCGCUCCCGCCCGGGUCACCAGAAUAGGGGCCUGAGUGAGAGCUCGCUCGGCAUUCAGUUGAGACGAUCCACCUCGUCUCUCAACAACAUGUCUGACAACAGCUCUAACUCUGACGACUCCAACGAGUCGACUCCCCUCACCGCAUCCGGAUCAGCCGACCCCAACAAAAAGCCCCUGUCAACCUGGGGCAAUAUGAUGCGGAUUCUGUCCAAGUACGGCAAGUUUGUGGGACCAGGAAUCAUGGUCUCCGUGGCGUACAUGGACCCCGGUAACUACUCCACGGCCGUGUCCGCCGGAGCUAUGUACCAAUAUAAGCUGCUGUUCAUCAUUUUUGUCAGCAACCUCUUUGCCGUCUUCCUGCAGGUGCUGUGUGUGAAGCUCGGAUCUGUCACUGGUCUUGAUUUGGCUGAAAACUGCAGACAGCACCUUCCUCCUUGGCUCUCUGUCUCCAUUUACGUCAUGGCUGAAAUUGCGAUUAUCGCCACUGAUCUCGCUGAAGUCGUUGGUACUGCCAUUUCCCUCAACAUUCUCUUUGGUCUCCCUCUCUUCAUGGGUGUUCUGGUCACCGUGGUUGAUGUCCUCAUUGUGCUCAUGGCCUACCGACCCAACGGCCCCAUGCGCAUUGUGCGGUACUUUGAGUACGGCGUGGCUGGUCUUGUCGCCGUGGUAGUUGUCUGUUUUGCCUUUGAGCUCGCUGCGCUCGACAACCUCGACAUUCCUCUCGUGCUUGAAGGCUUCCUCCCAUCCAAGGAGUUGCUCGAAACCAACGGCCUAUACCUCUCCUGUGGUAUUCUCGGAGCCACUGUCAUGCCCCACUCUCUGUACCUGGGUUCUGGUCUUGUUCAGCCUCGUCUCCGUGAAUAUGACGAGGACAACGGAUACGCCAUUCCCGAAGAUGCUCGAUUUGGAGACGAUGACGAGGACCUGAAGUACAAGCCCUCUAUCCACGCAAUCAAGUACGCGAUGAAGUACUCUAUUGCCGAGCUGGUAAUCUCUCUCUUCACAGUUGCCAUCUUCAUCAACUCCGCCAUUCUUAUUGUGGCUGGUUCCACCCUGAACGGGUCUCCCGACGCCUACGACGCUGACCUCUUCUCCAUCUACGACAUGCUACGAACAAUUCUGUCGCCUGCUGCUGGUACAGUGUUUGCUCUGGCUCUUCUGGCCUCUGGACAGUCUGCUGGUAUUGUCUGCACUCUUUCUGGCCAGAUGGUGUCUGAGGGUUUCCUGCGAUGGUCUUUCAAGCCCUGGAUUCGACGGCUCAUCACCCGAUCCAUCGCAAUUGUUCCCUGUCUGUUUGUGACCUUAUUUGUCGGCCGAAAAGGUCUGGCGGACGUGCUGAACGCCUCCCAGGUUGUUCUCUCCCUGCUGCUGCCCAUGGUAUCUGCUCCUCUAAUCUACUUCACCGGUUCGAAGAAGAUCAUGAAGGUAGCUGCCAACGCUGCUGUCGUCCACACCCGACCUCGAAGCAACUCCAACGGUACUCUCACUCCUGCUGACCGAUCCAGCAAUGGAUACGGCAUGGUCGAAGACGAGGCCUCUACUGACGACGAGUCCAUCUGCAUUCCCGAGUACGUCGACAUGAGCAACUCAGCCACCACUCAGUUCAUCGCCUACCUAGUGUUUGGUAUGGUCUCUGCUCUUAACUUGUUUUUGAUCAUCUCUAUUGCCAUGGGUGCUGACGUUCCUCUAUAA